GAUAACUAAUAUUGAUAAAUAAAAAGAAGCUAUAAUUUAUGUAGUUGAGAUAGGAGAAAAAACUGAAUUGAAAAUUGUAUUUGAUAAAUAAUUACUAUUUUAGGGUCGUAUACCUGAUUGUGAUAUUAAAUUAAGAGAUAUAUCUGUAUCAAGAGUACAUGCAACUAUUAAAUUAAUUCCGACUAGUAAACAUACUCUUGAAAGUCCUGAUUACAUAAUUAGAAUUCAAAAUAACAAAAGUAAGUUUGGAACUCUUGUUCUUGCUUAAGAUUAAGAUUUACUUAAGAUUCCUGAAGAAGGAAUAUAACCUAAUAUCUUAUUUUAAACAGGAAGAGUCUUAUUUUAAUGCACAAAAUAAAAGAAAUAAAAUUAAAAGACAACCUACAAACAUCCUGAAAAUAUUACUCUUACAUUAAAUUAAACUAAAUAAUAAUUUGAAUAAUAAGAAGUUUAAGAAUCAUUCGUUACUCAUGAUGAGCUUAUGGAAAGUGAUAUUAUCUUAAACAAUUCAUAACCAUUUUAAUAAUAAUAAUAAUAAUAAUUUAAUAUAAUCCCUCUCAAAGAUGAUUGUAUUAAAGAUGAAUUAUGAUAAAUCAUUCAUUUUUGAAUUGAUUGAAUUAAUAUAUGAUUUAUAUUUUUAUUAUUAUGUGAUCAAUUAUUAAUUCUCUUUUUUAAAAAUGUCAUAAAAUGAGAUUAAUUCUAGAACAUUUAAUUGA